AUGAACGAUAACUUGUUCACACCAAUGCACCAGUUUGUCGUAAUCGGCAAAGGUGGCAUAAGGCUCAAUUCCCAUAGAGGCCUUCUCUGUGAUCACUUCAAGUUCUUCAGUGCACAUCGACUAAGACGUGAGCCUCUAGAAGUCCCAGCCAUGACAGAGAAAAUGUUUGAUUCUCUAAGUCUAUACUCACACUGUGGAUCCCUAAUUCGCUUUUCUGUCACGCCCCUCAUUAGCAACGCCAGCCAUACAUUCCGCCGCCACACAGAUCGAAAACUUUUCGAAGAACAUGCUCAAUAUCUGCGCGACCUCUACUACGCCGUCGAGCUGAUCGAUGAAAAGCCACUUAUGAACGAAAUCGUGGACGAGAUUCAAGACCUUCAAGCUGCCGCUUAUUCUACUCUCUCUCCGCAAACAAUCCAGGAAAUCUACGCGAAUACGAAACGAUUCAGCCCCUUACGUCUGUAUGCUCUCUUCAUGCUUAAAAUCGAAGUAGAGAAAGGUUCUCAGGCGGUUCAACUUUGUUCAUAUUAUACGUGGUCGCAAACCUAUCCAUACUGGCCAGCUUACUACUAUCCAGACUUUAAUGAUGAUGAGUUCCGCCCAGACUAUGAGUUUGCUUGUAUGAAAUGGGAAGCGGAGGGGAAGUUCGAUCCUAGUAUUAUAGGUAGCAGAUUUGGAGACCACGGUUGCGAAUUUCAUGAACAUGAUGACCCUGAAGAAAUUGGAAAGUGCGGCCUACUGAUGAAUUUCUAG